UUACUCAUUUUUUAGCUCUUUCCUUCGGUUCAUGCUCUUUUCGACGAGCUCUCUCUCUCCUCCCCUUCUCUCUCUCUCUCUCUUCACAGAUUCAGAUCAUCAUCAUUCGUCUUCUUCAUCUUCCCCCCGCCUCUUGAAUAAUCUCCAAAUCCCAGCCAAACCCCACGUCGAAUCUUCCCGUAGCGACCCUCAGCGACCUUAAAAAUCGCAUCUUUACUCAUGACCAGGCCGAUGGGCGGUGCGGGACAGGUGGACGUGAAGAGCGCGCGGGUUGGUGUGAUUCGCCUCGGCGGCAUGCAGGCAUAGGCGUUUUCGCUCUGGUUAUACGUGGGCGGGGGUGGGCGGGGGGUGCGUUUCGAGAAUGGCGAAUCAGGUGGUGCGAGUGAAGAGAGAGGCGAUUGCGGCGUGCAUGACGUGCCCUCUCUGCGACAAGCUCUUGAAGGACGCCACCACCAUCUCCGAGUGCCUCCAUUCGUUUUGCAGGAAAUGCAUAUAUGACAAGCUCUCCGAGGAGGAACUUGAAUGCUGUCCAAUAUGCAACAUUGAUCUAGGCUGUGUGCCGCUGGAGAAAUUGCGGCCUGAUCACAACUUGCAAGAUGUGAGGGCAAAGGUUUUCCCUUUCAAAAGAAGAAAAGUGAAGGCACCUGAAUCUGUGCCUUCGACAACUUUACCAAUUCGAAGGAAAGAGAGAUCUUUGUCCCAGUUGGUUGUCAACACACCUAAAGUAUCAUCACAGACUACUAUGACUGGAAAAAGAACAAAAGGGACAGCAAGGAAAGCUUCUGCUCUGCAAGGAUCUAAUUUUUCCAUUGAAAAAGCAGUUAAGAAGGAAGAAGAUUCUGUAGAAGAUCGUCCAGAAAGCUCAAGCUCCCCCGAGACUCUAAGCAAGUUUGCGCAGAACAUUAGGCAGGGUUUUACUUCCAGUGAGCCUAGUCAGACUGUGCCUGAAAGAGAAACUGGUGAUGAAGGAAAACUGGAUCUCUGGAAGCCAUUGCAUUAUCUGGUGGAAGUCGCUAAUAGGACUAAAUCUUCGAGGCCCAGUUUGCAAGGAGCUGAGCGAGUCCUUGCAAUUGAAGCUCCAAUACCUGGUAAUAAAAUUAAGAACUCUAAAUUCAAGGUGAAAGUCCAGGAUGAGAAAAACAAUGCUAGUCCGGCAUCUACGGAAGUAUUGAGACCACCAAAAAGAUCACGUAAGGUUCGUCAAAAAGGGACAGCAGUUUCUGGAGACUCUGGCAUUUCACCUCAGGACGUGCUCGAUGCAGCUGGCACCAAAUGUGAACAAAGAACUGGUCCAAUCUGGUUUUCACUUGUAGCUUCUGAAGAUCAGGAAGGAGAUGCACCGCUGCCACAAAUCCAUGCAAGCUACUUAAGAAUAAAGGAUGGGAACUUGCCGGUUUCUUUUAUUCAAAAGUACCUGGUGAGGAAACUAGAUCUCACAAGUGAAACUGAGGUUGAAAUCAGAUGCAUGGGACAAACCGUCCUCCCAACUUUGCUGUUGUAUAAUUUGGUUGACUUGUGGCUACAAACGGCAUCCACGUCGGAGAGAGUCCCGGCAAUCAUGGGGUCCUCGGCCAAGGAUUUCGUGAUGGUCCUGGCUUAUGCACGAAGAGUGCCCGACCGCUGAUCGCCCUUGCCUUCAUACAUAUUACCCUGGUCUCUUUUUCCUUAUUUUUACAUUUCAUACAUGUUCCCAUGUUUUACAUUAUAAAUUAUAUCUGUAUCCAAGCCCAAUGGAUAGAUCUCCAUCCGGCGGUCUGUAAAAACUGUACUUUUACAUGAGUUGGUAGUAACAUAUACAAUUCUGAUUAUC